CCAACGUAUUGGGCCCGGAAUGAAGGUGUCUGGAGAGGUGGUGCUGUACGGAGGGAGCACUACUAUUAAAGGCGAAAGACAACAAUAGACAGCAGAGUAAGUCACCAGUGGAGGAGAGAACAUCCUUUAGGAAGAUGCCAGAGCCAGUCAAAAAAACAAUUUCAGCCUUCGCCAAGAAGCCAAAGACACAGGAAGCAGAAGAGGGGUCUUCAGUGGUCUUUGAAGCAGAAACGGAGAAGUCUGAUGCUAAAGUUAAAUGGCAGUGCAACACAAAGGAUCUUGCCAGCAGCAACAAAUACAAGAUCACAGCCAAUGGAAACAAGCACUCCCUCAUGAUAAAGACCGUUACCCAGGAAGAUGCCAACAUCUAUGCUGUGAUUGCCGGGGGUUCAAAGGUCAAGUUUGAGCUGAAAGUCCUAUCAAAGAAAGAAACCCCAACUGAGGCUCCUGUUACUGCGCCAGAAGAGUCAAGUGUAAUACAAGAGCAGCCUAAUGCCACACCUGCGGCUGCGCCCACAGGAGAUGAGGCAACUGCCCCAACACACGAUGCCCCUCCAUCAGAGGAUGGACAGCUUCCAGACACCAGACAGGACCUCACUGGCCUCUUCACAGAGAAACCCAAAAGUGGAGAGGUCACUGUCGGUGGAAACAUCACAUUUGUGGCCAAAGUCAAUGCCGGAUCACUGCUGAAGAAACCAACUAUCAAAUGGUUUAAAGGGAAGUGGAUGGACCUCGCCACCAAGUCUGGAAAUCACCUGCAGCUAAAGGAGUUUUAUGACCGCAACACCAAAGUCUACACAUUUGAGAUGCACAUCAUGGAAGCUAAAGCUAACUUUGGUGGAGCUUACAGAUGUGAAGUUUUAUCCAGAGACAAGUUUGACAGCUGUAAUUUUCAACUGACUGUACAUGAGGCUUGUACUGCUGAAGGUUUUGACAUAAGAGCAGCUUUCCGACGCACUAGCACCGAAGGAAAAGAGGACUCUGGAGAACUGGACUUCAGUACAUUGUUAAAGAAAAGCAGCAGUUUCUUAAAAUCCUCCAAUCGAGCUGUGCAGAUGAGCACAGCGCCUGAAGUGGAUGUUUGGGAUAUUCUCAGCCAUGCUCCUGCUUCAGAGUAUGAGAAGAUAGCUUUUCAGCAUGGCAUUACUGAUUUGAGGGGCAUGCUGAAAAGACUGAAGAAGAUGAAGAAAGAGGAGAAGAAAAGUGCAGCUUUCUUCAAGAAGUUAGAUCCUGCCUACCAAGUCACAAAGGGACAUAAAAUAAAAUUAGCAGUUGAGGUCGCUAAUCCAGAUGUUGAUGUCAAAUGGUUGAAGAAUGGACAAGAAAUACAACCAACCGGAAGCAAAUACAUUUUUGAGACUGUGGGAAAUAUGCGCUACCUCACCAUCAACCACUGCUCAUUGGCUGACGAUGCAGCCUACUGCUGUCUGGUGGGAGAGGAGAAAUGCACCACAGAGCUUUUUGUCAAAGAGCCUCCUGUUGUGAUUGUGAAGAACCUGGAGGAUCAGAUGGUCAUGAAGGGUGAACGUGUGGAGUUACAGUGUGAGGUCUCCGAAGACGGUGCUAAUGUGAAAUGGGAGAAGGACGGUGUGGAACUAACUAGAGAUGAAUCUUUAAAGUAUCGCUUCAAGAAAGAUGGCUGCAAGCAUAUUCUGAUCAUUAAUGAGGCCACAAAAGAAGACUGUGGCCAUUACAAAGUCAAAACAAAUGGCGGCGAGUCUGUGGCUGAGCUCAUGGUGCAGGAGAAAGAGCUGGAGGUCUACCAGAGCAUCGCUGACCUCACAGUGAAGGCGAAGGAUCAAGCUGUGUUCAAGUGUGAGGUGUCGGAUGAGAACGUGAGGGGUAUUUGGUACAAGAAUGGAGUGGAAGUCAAGCCGGAUGCCAGAAUAAAUAUCACACAUAUUGGCAGGAUCCACAAACUGACCAUUGACAAUGUCAAACCUGAGGAUGAGGCAGACUACACAUUUGAACCAGAUGGCUACGCUUUCAACCUCUCUGCAAAACUCAAUUUCUUGGAGGUGAAGAUUGACUUUGUGCCACGUCAAGACCCUCCCAAGAUCCACCUGGACUGUAGGGGUCACACAGCUGAGUCAACCAUCGUGGUGGUGGCUGGCAAUAAACUCCGCCUGGAUGUCCCUAUCACCGGAGAUCCUGCUCCCACUGUUGUCUGGACCAAAGGAGGGAAGGUCAUGGCAGAGGGAGAUGGCAGAGUCCAUGUGGAAACCACCAAAGGCCAUUGUAUUUUCACUAUUGAAGGGACUGAGAGGCAGGAUGAAGGAAUCUAUUCAGUUGUGGUUCGUAACCCUGCUGGGGAGGACACUGCAGAUAUCAAUGUGAAAGUUGUCGAUGUUCCAGAUCCUCCCCAAGCUCCCAGAAUCAUCAGCGUGGGAGAAGACUCCUGUGUUGUCCAGUGGGAUCCCCCUGUCUUUGAUGGAGGACAGCCGAUUAUUGGAUACGUGUUGGAGCGGAAAAAAAAGAAGAGUUACCGGUGGAUGAGAUUGAACUUUGACCCAUACACUGAAACAACCUACGAGGCUAAGAGGAUGAUUGAAGGAGUGGAAUAUGAAUUGAGAGUAUAUGCUGUCAAUGGCAUUGGGAUGUCUCGUCACAGUCCGGCCUCACAACCUUUUGUGCCUGUUGCUCCGACAAGUGAGCCCAUCGGAGUCUGCGUGGAUGACAUCAGUGACACUUCCAUCACACUCAAGUGGCGAGCGCCUGAAAGGAUCGGCUCAGCUGACCUGGAGGGCUAUGGGGUUGAGUACUGCAAGGAAGGCACGGAUGAGUGGAUACCAGCAAUUCAGGGUCUGACCGAGAGGACCUCACUGACAAUCAGAGAGCUCACUACAGGAGACAAGCUGCAGUUUCGUGUACGGGCAUACAACAUGGCGGGCCCGAGUGCAGCCGCCACACUGGCUCAGCCCAUCACUAUCAGAGAGAUCAUGCAACGGCCUAAAAUUUGGCUUCCCCGAAAUCUCCGUCAGACUCUGAUCAAGAAAGUUGGAGACACUGUCAACCUUGUGAUUCCAUUCCAGGGUAAACCCAGGCCCAAGGUUACAUGGAGUAAAGAUGGACAGCCCUUAAAUACCAUGCUCGUUAGCGUGAGAAAUAGUGACACGGACACGAUCCUGUUCAUCCGCAAGUCAGAGAGGAAACACUCAGGGCAGUAUGAUCUCCACGUGCAGAUUGAGAACGUAGAAGACAAGGCCAAAGUCAUGCUGCAGAUUGUUGAUGUCCCAGGACCCCCUGAGGCCCUGAAGGUUCUGGAUGUCUGGGGCUUCAAUGUUGCCCUCGACUGGAAGUCCCCAAUAGACGAUGGAAACUGUGAAAUAGCUGGUUAUUGUAUUCAGAAAGCCGACAAAAAGACCAAGGAAUGGUUCACAGUCUUCGAUCAGUACCGCAGAACCAACUGUGUUGUGUCCGACCUAAUCAUGGGUAAUGAAUAUAUCUUUCGAGUCUUUGCCAUCAACCUGGUGGGUCCCAGCCCAGAACCCUGCAACACAGAGGACAGCGUCUACAUCCAGAAACCCGGAAUGGACUGGAAGCCUGCCACCUACAAGGAGGUUGACUUCUCACAGGCGCCUAAAUUCACACAUCCAUUAGUGAACCGUUCAGUCAUAGCGGGGUACAAUGCCACGCUUAGCUGCUCCGUCAGCGGCAUACCCAAGCCUAAAGUGACCUGGUACAAAAACAAGAUGGACAUCACAAAUGAAGCCAAAUACAGGAUGCUCAGUAAGCACGGUGUUCUGACCUUGGAGAUCCGAAAGCCAUGUCCAUUCGAUGGAGGGGUGUACAUGUGCAAAGCAGUCAAUGACAGUGGGGAAGACCUUGUGGAGUGUAAGCUGGAGGUUCGCCCUCAAAUUACAAAAGAAGAAAAGAAGUAACCUGGGAGGGUCCAAUUUUUGCCAAACUUCUCUCACUGAGUGUUCACAUUUGUUGUUGUUGUCAUGAGGCGCUUUCCACCUGCAUUGCAGUUUCCUCCGCGAUCACCUCACACCUGGCCAUGUAUCCAAACGAUGGAACUCAUGUCAACUUUUAUAACAAUGAAAAUAAAUCAGAUUUUUGACAGUCA